AUGUUCCCCAGGCAGGUAUUGGACAUACUUAAUGCAGAUGGAACUUUGAUGGCUUUCAUUUGCACAACACUACCUGAUUGUAUAUGCAACACUCUAGAAGCUAAUCUCCUUGCUGCUUUUGGGAAGUCUAACAUGCUCAUUGACAGAAAAAUGUUCAAAGAAGACGAGAUGGCUGCAAGCGAGGCAGGCGCUUCUGGGAUGGUGAUGAAAGGAGAUGUUCUCCCUUUCCAUUGCGCUCAUUUUACUUGGUAUAACAGGUAUACAACACCUGGAGAUAAUGCACCCACAGAUGUUCACCCUCAUAACCUUAGGGUAGCAAGAGCGUCUUGUACUAACUACUCUCAGUUCUUGCCUUAUCCCUCCAGGGAAAUGGUUGAACAUGCUGACCUGUACCGAGGGAUGAUCGCUAACUUUGGAGACUUGUUUGAAUGGAUCAAGAACAUGAUAUGUCAGUGUCUACCAGAAGAAUAUGAGUUUUUGAUCCAGUAUGUGGACCUGCUGCCUGGAAAACCUGGGUCUCCUGUUGCAUCAUUCCUUUCUCUAGUGGUGAACGUCAAUGUUUGCACUUUAGCUCACCGAGAUGGUAAAGACUUGAUUUACUGCUUGGUCCUUCCAUUGGGAGACUUUAAAUGUGGAGAGCUAGUGUUGAAGGAACAGGGUUUGGUGGUAGGGUUGUAUAGUGGAGACUUCAUGGUUUUCUUAUCUAGAGACACUACUCACUUCAACCUAGACUAUGAGGGGAGGAGAGCAUCUCUUGUCCUACACACCGAUGGAGAGUUUGCCAACUGGAAGGAGACUAGGAAUCAUUGGAGGAAUAAUGUACAUUUCUCUGGAUGA